AUGUUAGCGGUAGAACAGGAAAACGCUCAGCUCAGAGAGGAACUGGUUAACCUCAAGGGGGAGAUGGAAAGAAUGGCACUUAUGAUGGAAACUAUGAUGGCUGAGAGAGAGCAAGCAGCAAUCUCCAAUUUAACUCCUGUUGUGGUCGUCACAGCUGCACCUGAGGGUCCCCCGCAACCAUCUCCGACUACUACUACAACUAUCGGUCUCACCCAGCCUCUGAUGACUGAUUUUUCUUCUGGUAAUAUGGCAACUAUGGGCAACUCAGGCUUCCGUCCUCUUGGCCCCCAGGGUCCCUUUGCUACUCCUCAGUUUUCCAUGCCUUCAGGCUACCCUUGGGGCAUGCCGAUUGCAACCAACGGGGGUUUUGGUCCAGGCACUAUUGAAAUGCCUGUCACACAGGGUCAACAGACUUCGGCACAUUUCCAGAUGAGUCAACCGAUUCCUCAAGCUACCAUGACUCAAGCAGGUCCUAUUGUGCAUAUUGGGCCACAACAUGAAGAGCAGAUUUAUCACUCCGACAGUAUAAUGGGGGAUGAUAAAGCAAUCGAUUGGGAAGAAAGGUUCGGUGCUCUAGAGAAGAAGAUGAGUAAUAUGCGGGGGAAAGAAACAGUCGUCCAAAGCAUAUAUGACCUUUGCUUAGUACCAGAUGUAAACAUACCUCCAAAGUUCAAGAUGCCUGUAUUUGAGAAGUAUCAAGGGGACACAUGUCCACAAAAUCAUCUAACUAUGUAUAUUAGGAAGAUGAUAGCUUACAAGAAUAAUGUUCCCUUACUCAUUCACUGCUUCCAGGAUAGUUUGACUGGUCCGGCACAUACCUGGUUCAUGGGGUUGAAAGGAGUCACUACUUUUGAACAGUUGGCUGAGGCCUUCAUGCAACAAUACAAAUAUAAUACCUAUCUGGCGCCAAGUCGCAAAGAGUUGCAGUCCUUAACCCAGAAAGAUAAAGAAUCGUUCAAAGAAUACGCACAACGCUUCAUUCAAAAAGCUGCUCAGAUUCGUCCUCCCUUGGAUGAGAGGGAACUUUCAGAAUUGUUCUAUGAAACCCUGAGCCCUUGUUAUUCAGAAAAGAUGAUUGUCUGUGCAUCACAGAAGUUCACUGAUUUGGUGGAAACAGGAAUGCGUAUCGAGGAGUGGGCUCGUAAGGGAGCAGCUGUUUCGGGAGGUUCUUCAGGUGGUUCUUCAGGGGUUUCGUCCAAUGGUAAUAAGAAAUUUGGGAAUGGUUACCCAAAGAGGAAUGCUCAAGAGGUUAGCAUGGUGGCUCAUGGAGGACCUCAGCCCGUGUACCCUAAUCACCCCUUUGUUGCCAACAUCACCCCACAAAUGACCGCGCCCCAGAACCCAAACUAUCAAUCACCCAGACCUCAAGGACCUGCACCAUACUACCCCCCAUUAUACCAACCACUAUACAACCUACAACAAUUCCCUCAACAACCAUAUUACUCCCAACAACCAUACCAACAAAGACCACAGCAACAACCCCGUCCUCAGGUUCCUCACAAUCAGCAGAAUCAAAGGCAACAAUUUGACCCCUUGCCAAUGACCUAUGGAGCAUUGCUCCCUUCUUUACUUGCACAGAAUCUGGUCCAAACAAUACCACCUCCUCGCAUUCCAGACCCUCUCCCACGCUGGUACCGUCCAGACCUUCAUUGUAUUUACCAUCAAGGGGCACCAGGCCACGAUGUGGAGCGUUGUUUUGCUCUUAAGAAAGAGGUUCAGAAACUGAUAAAUAGUAAAGAGUUAACCUUCACCGACCCUGAUGCUGUAGCUCAGAACAAUCCUCUGCCUACUCAUGGGCCUGCUGUUAAUAUGAUUCAAGACGAUCAGGAAGAGGCUCGCGUUCUCUCUGUAGGUGAUAUCAAGACUCCCCUGGUACCGAUACAUGUGAAAAUGUGUAGAGCAACUCUCUUCAACCACAAUCAUGAAGCUUGUGACAUAUGUUCGAUGGAUCCUCGUGGAUGUAUACAAGUCCAGAAUGAUGUGCAGGGUCUCCUAAAUAGAAGGGAACUUGUGGUUACAAGGGAACCCGUGAGCAAGGACGUCUGUGUUGUCACUCCGGUAUUCAGAGCCAGGAGGCCGCUGGUGAUAAACCCUAACAGUACAAAGCCCGUUGGUACUCCCUUGGUAAUCUGUGUGCCUAGGCCCACGCCUACUACUGCUCAGAAAGCUGUACCCUACAAGUAUGAAGGCACGAUUCUAGAGCCCGGAAGUGAGACAACUUCACCUGUUGCUGUGGAUAAUAUCGCAGAGAAUAGCCGGAUUUUGAGGAGUGGCCGCAUCCUUCCUACGGUGGGUCCGAAGAGUGUUAGUGUUCCGGUCGAUGAGCCAGUAAAAGAGCGAAACGCCGGUAAAGGUAAAGCUGGGGAGCAGGCCAAAGAGUUUGACUUUGAGGAUGCCGAUGAAGUCUUGAAGCUGAUCAAGAAGAGUGAAUACAGGGUGGUGGACCAGCUGUUACAAACUCCUGCGAAGAUUUCCAUCAUGGCCCUGUUAUCAAGUUCUGGUGCUCAUCGGGAUGCCCUGAGAAAAGUACUAGACCAGGCAUUUGUGGAUUAUGAUGUAACUCUGGGUCAAUUCGAAAGCAUUGUGGGGAAUGUGACCGCGUGUAACAGUCUGACUUUCAGUGAUGAGGAUCUCCCAGCGGAGGGGAAUAAGCAUAAUCAAGCGUUACUCAUCUCUGUACUUUGCAGAACAGACUCGUUAUCCAACGUCCUGAUAGAUACCGGCUCUGCACUUAAUGUGAUGCCCAAGUCAACUCUCGACCAAUUGGCGUACUCCGAGGCUCCUUUGAGACUUAGCAAGGUGACGGUAAGGGCCUUCGAUGGAACUAGGAGAUCGGUGUAUGGUGAGGUAGAUUUGCCAAUUUCGGUCGGCCCACAUGAAUUUCAGGUUACUUUCCAAGUCAUGGAAAUCCAGGCUUCUUUCAGCUGUUUGCUCGGCAGACCAUGGAUUCAUGACGCUGGGGCUGUGACAUCUACUCUCCAUCAGAAAUUGAAGUUUGUAAGUCGUGGAAAGUUGAUCACUGUGAGUGGCGAAUCGGCCUUUUUAAUCAGCAAUUUGUCUGCUUUCUCUAUUAUCGGUGGUAGUGGUUCAGACGGGCCAUCAUUCCAAGGGUUCUCUGCCGAAGAAACUGUCGGUAAGAUUGAGACUUGUAUGGCUUCGUUGAAGGAUGCCCGGAGAGUAAUUCAGGAAGGCAAAACCGAAGGCUGGGGUCAGCUAGUGGAGUUGCCAGAAAACAAGCGUAAGGAGGGAAUUGGUUUCCUUAACAGUAAGCCUGGGAUGUUCGAUCCUACCAGAGGUUCUUUCCACAGUGCUGGUUUCAUUCAUGAUUCGCCAGAGACCAAUGCAAUUUUAGAUGAUGCACCUGGAGGAGUGACACCGGUCUUUGUAACGCCUGGAGGAGCUUGCUGCAACUGGAUUGCUGUUGACAUUCCUUCUGUGACACCCCGCUCUAAACUGAACAUAAGUGAAUCCGUUGAACACAGUGACCCCAUGCUUUCUCCCAACUUUGAGGUCCCGGUUUACGAGGCUGUGGCAGAGGAGGAUGAGGAGAUCCCGAAUGAGAUCAAAUGGAUGUUGGAACAAGAAAGGAAGACAAUUCAACCUCAUCAGGAGGAGAUAGAAAUCAUCAAUCUGGGUACUGAGGAAGACAAGAAAGAAAUCAAGAUUGGGGCAUCGUUGGAUGUAUCUGUCAAGAAAAGAGUAAUUGAGCUUAUCAGAGAAUAUGUUGAUAUAUUCGCAUGGUCAUACAAAGACAUGCUGGGUCUAGACCCUGAUGUCGUUGAACACAGACUACCUUUGAAGCCUGAGUGUCCUCCGAUCAAAGAGGAAGUGCGAAAGCAAAUUGAUGCAGGUUUCCUAGUCACAUCAGAGUAUCCUCAAUGGUUGGCCAACAUAGUGCCUGUUCCAAAGAAAGAUGGCAAAGUCAGAAUGUGUGUUGAUUAUCGGGACUUGAACAAGGCUAGUCCGAAGGAUAAUUUUCCUUUGCCUCACAUUGAUGUAUUGGUUGAUAACACUGCUAAGUGCAAGGUUUUCUCCUUCAUGGACGGUUUCUCCGGCUACAAUCAGAUCAGGAUGGCUCCUGAGGAUAGAGAAAAGACGUCUUUCAUCACGCCCUGGGGUGCUUUCUGCUAUGUGGUGAUGCCAUUUGGUUUGAUAAAUGCUGGUGCCACUUACCAGAGGGGCUUUAUCGUCAGUCAAAAGGGUAUUGAAGUUGAUCCCGACAAGGUUAGAGCCAUCAGAGAAAUGCCUGUUCCAAAGACAGAGAAGCAAGUCAGAGGUUUUCUUGGUAGACUCAAUUAUAUCUCCAGAUUUAUCUCUCACAUGACCGCCACAUGUGGACCAAUUUUCAAGUUACUCCGCAAGGAUCAAGGGGUGAAGUGGAAUGAUGAUUGUCAGAAGGCUUUUGAUCAAAUCAAAGAAUAUCUGUUAGAACCUCCAAUUCUUGUUCCUCCAGUUGACGGAAGACCUUUGAUCAUGUAUUUAACAGUACUGGAAGAUUCCAUGGGCUGUGUUUUGGGUCAACAAGAUGAAACCGGAAAGAAAGAGCACGCUAUCUACUAUUUGAGUAAGAAGUUCACUGAUUGUGAGUCCCGAUAUUCUAUGGAUCCUAUCAAGUACAUAUUUGAGAAGCCAGCUUUAACUGGAAGGAUUGCUCGCUGGCAGAUGUUAUUGUCCGAGUAUGAUAUCGAGUAUCGCACUCAGAAAGCAAUCAAAGGUAGCAUCUUGGCAGAACAUUUGGCUCAUCAACCAAUCGAAGACUAUCAACCAAUCAAAUUCGACUUCCCAGAUGAAGAGGUUAUGUAUCUAAAAGCAAAAGAUUGUGACGAACCAGUGUUCGGUGAAGGUCCUGAUCCGGAAUCCGAAUGGGGUUUGAUAUUUGAUGGAGCUGUUAAUGUCUAUGGAAGUGGAAUUGGUGCGGUACUCAUUACCCCUAAGGGUACUCACAUCCCUUUUACUGCGAGGUUACGUUUUGAUUGCACAAACAACAUCGCAGAGUACGAAGCUUGCAUCAUGGGUAUCGAGGAAGCCAUCGAUUUGAGGAUCAAGAAAAUUGUCAUUUAUGGAGAUUCCGCUCUUGUGAUUAACCAGAUCAAAGGAUAA